AUGUCAGAGCUGCAAGGUAUCAAACGCUGUGAGAAACUCCCGUUACGGUGCAAUGGAGUGUUCAAGUUUGCCGAAGAAAUUCCAUAUUUCCAUAGACUGGGACAGGAGCGCGUAGGAUAUCGAUUGGAGGCAGUGGUUGAAAUUGGUUUGGUGACACACGUGCCAUGCAUUGUGAUUGAUGAGUCAAGAGAAAAACAACUGCAAUGCGGGCGUUGGUACAGUUUCAUGGGAGUGGUUGCGAUGGAGAACUGGACACCAACACAGCACCUCUUCCUAGAGAGAGACUCGGUCACAACAUUGGAUUUAAGCCAAGAGGCGCUGACGUCGCCUGUCAACUCGUUGAAGAUUCCAGGUCGUGGAAUAGUUUUGGACAACCGACGUGCAAAAGGAACAGUUGAAGAGGGGAAUUAUUGCUGUGCGAGCCUUCAGCAUCGACAAUGGGAUAUGACCAGAUUAUUAUGGGUUGAGUUUACAGCAGAUUACAUCUAUGAGAAUGACACAUUGACGCCGAAAACCGCCGCGUUGAUUGCGAAGGGCAAUGUGAUUGACGUGAACGGAAAUGGAAUCGGGUGGUCUGAUUGGAAUGGCGGUUGGAUUAUAAAAAAUGCCAACGUGAAGCAAUUUGCGUCAAAUGAUGCCAGUGCGCUUUGCGCGUGUGAGGAAUGUCUGUUAAUCAUACCCGGUGAAAUUUAUAGUGACGGAAUGGUGCUUGAAGUCGAGAGCAAAACAUGUAUUGCGGAUUCUACGGUCUGCGUUUUGCAGAGCGGGACCGAGUCUGCCGGGAUCGAGUAUGCAAGAGGUAACAAUGCGAUGGGAAAUAAUUACAACGUAGAGAUCAUCGAUGGCGUAAAGUAUAUGAGAGUUGUGGAGUAUCAAGGACGGGGUCCGCCACAUGUACUAUGGAUAAAGGUGUCGUAA